UGAAACAAAUAUUUGAUUACUUCCCCUAUCCUCAAGAAUAUGAAAAAAUUAGCACCUAUUAUGCAAUCACUAAAGAUGAAUCUAUUUACACUUCUGCACUGCUGAAACUGGCUAUUUCAUCAGAGACUCAUCUAACUUCAGCUUUAAAAGUCAUCAGAAAUUACUUCAGUACUAAACUGUUACAUGAUCUACAGAGCUGUAAGGAAGGAUUGAGUUAUCGUGAAAAUAUCAAAAUAUGUUCAACCCAGUGCAUGGAUCUGGCAUACAGCAAAAAAAUGUGUCCUGAUAAAAUUCUCCAAGGGUGCAGCUGUGAAGAAGGGCUGCUACUCACACAUGAUGGCCAUUGUGUAGCUGAGAGUGAAUGCCCUUGCUAUAAUGCUGAAACAAAAACUUAUCUUACACCUGGUCAAGUUUUAAAAAUACCUUGUCAGGAAUGCACGUGUAAGAACGGACAACUCAAGUGUGAAGAUAAAAGCUGUGAGGAAAUUAUUUGCCCCAAAGAGCAGAUAGUCAUCAAGGGUGGUGGUAACAGAGUUCCUGGAGAGUGCUUGGCCUUUCAAUGUCCGGACAAAUUUUCUAAUGCUCAGACUUGUGUAGACACUUCCCUUCACAGAAGGAAGUGUGUAUGCCGUGAAGGAUUUAUUGAAACAAUUACAGGAGUCUGUGUCCCUGUAGGCACCUGCCCGUGUUUCUACAAAGACAAAUGGCACAUACAUGGCACUCAAAUCACAGAUAAAUGCUACCUCAAGAAAUGUGAAAAUGGAAUCUGGAAAACAUUGAAAAAAGUUAAUUGUCAGGCAUCUUGUUAUAUUGCUGGAAGUGAAAUGAGGAUUGUCACCUUUGAUGGAUCAGCUUAUAAUUUUCCUGGCUUUUGUACCUACACAUUGGUCAAAACUCGUGGUGAAGCAGCAGGGUUUAAGAUUUCAUCCAAAAACAUAGCCUGUGUUGGAUCAGGAGAUGCCUGUUCACAUAAAAUAGACAUAGAAUACCUGGGGAUUCAUGUUCAACUUGUUAAAGGAGUGGGUAUUGUUGUUGGGAACAACACAUAUGAAUUCAACCAGCCUAUCUCUCUUGGAGCAAUUCAAAUUUUCUCCACCACACUUUACACUGCAGUCAGUUUUGAAGAUGUGGCAGUUUUCUGGUCAGGAGGACUUCUUACAUGGAUCCAGGUCUCCAACAGGUGGGAGGACAAGUUAGAAGGACUGUGUGGCUCAUAUGACUUUAACUCCAAAAAUGACUUCAUGUGUUCAGACAAUGCAGUGGACAAUGCAAUUAAAUUUGGAUUGUCUUGGAAGGAGAAUGGGAUACCCUGUGACGAUGAUAAUGCCAUCGUAACCAAUACUUGUCAGAAGUAUCCUCAAAGAAGGCUUUGGGCUGAAUCCCAAUGCAACAUUAUCAAAACAUCAGAUCUGUUUCAAAGUUGCAGACAGGUGAUGCCCCAGUCCCAUAUUGACAGAUUUGUUAUGGACUGUAUAACAGAAGCCUGUUUAUGUGACAAAACAGGCCAUUGUGAGUGUUUCUGCAAUAGUGUAGCUCAUUUUGAAGCAGCUUGUAAUGAACUGGGUCAACCAAGCAAAUGGCGCAGUCAGAACUUAUGCCCUGUACAGUGUGAGAAUGGAAUGGUAUAUCAACCAAGUGAAAACCCUUGUCACAAGUCUUGCUUUAAUAUUGCCAAAAAUACUUCUAACUGUAACAUUAAUAUUGGAAUUGAGGGAUGUUUCUGUCCAGCAGGAUAUGUUUGGCAUAAUUCCAAUUGUAUACCUCAGAGUAGCUGCCCUUGCUAUGAUGAUGGGUUUGAGUAUGAGCCAGGAACAAUUGUUCUCAAGGACUGCAUGAACUGCACAUGUAUUGGAGGGGUACUUGAAUGUCAAGGGGAAAACUGCUCAUCUUGUGCUGAGGAUGAGUUUGAGUGCCUGGUGGGUGGCAGGUGUGUCCCCCAGGACAGUGUCUGCAACAAUUUCUAUGACUGUCAUGACGGAUCUGAUGAGGCAGCCUCUAUGUGUGAUCAUAUGAACUGUACUGAAAACCAAUUCAAGUGCAAAGAGAGUGGAGAGUGUGUCCUGAAAUCACAUGUGUGUGAUGGUAUUGGUCAUUGUGCUGAUUACAGUGAUGAGAUGCAGCAGUGUACAGCACAUUGUGAGUUUAUGUGUGAGGGAAAGGUUUGUAUUCUUGACGAAUAUAUUUGUGAUGGAUACAUUGACUGCCCGCAAGGUGAUGAUGAAAAAAGCUGUGAGUCAAAAGUCUGUGAGAAGGGAUACACCAGAUGCAGAAACACCAGCGCCUGCAUCUUGGACAAGCUUCUCUGUGAUGGGCAUGAUGACUGUGGUGAUGGUCAGGAUGAAACAGGAUGCUCAACUUCAGUUCCUUCAAUACCUCCUAGAAUAGAUACAAAAAAUAUCAACCCAGAUGAUAGAGGGAAUAUUACUACAACGUUACCUUUAAUUAUUACAAUACCAAACCCAAAACCUAUGACAACAACUACACCAACAGUGAAAGCCUCCACACAAACUUCACCUACCACACCAAACAGUGACAGGAACAGUUCACAAGACACUUCACUUCAUAUAACCACUAAAUUAUCCAACAGCACAAUCACAAAUACAGUAAUUCCUAGCCUGCAAACCUCUACACCUCAUAUAUAUAACAAUACUACAGCCACUUUUGAUAAUGAUACAAGCACAGAAGCAGACAUAUCCUCAAACCGAUUAUUAAAAAAGACUGCUAAGACAUCUUUGCAUACAUUAGUUUACACAACUCCUUUGCAAUCUUCUAAACCAACAGCACUUGCAUAUAUCAGUAAUUUAACAACAAAAAGAUCUAUAAUUAAAACAAAUUAUACAGAUGUUACACAACACACUUACAUAAUGAAUCAGACAGAGCCAACAGUAAUAGCAGAUAUCAAUAAAUCAACCUCAACAAUUCAAAAUGAAACAAAUUAUACAGAUACUACAGAAAGCAGCAUCAAAAUAAAUCAGACUAGGCCAACAGCAACAAAGGUGUCAACUGCUCUUCCUAAAGCUACUUUAUCAGAAGUUCAAGAAACAACUACAAUACCAAAUACAACUGUGAAUGUAGACAAUAUAAGUAUUUCAACAGCAAAUACAAAUACAGUCUCAUUUGAAGAAUCCACAACUCCGAAUGAAAGUUCUAGUUCCAGUAAUCUAGACUUUACAACUCAAUCAGAAAUUCAAGAAAAAACACUACCAAGCACAAUACAGGAAGAUUCUAGCAUGUUUACUGAAAACAUUGAACUGUCAUCAAUAAACCUAAAUACAUUAGCAAAUGAAAAACUUACGACACCUCAAGAAAAUUCAAAAACUAUUUUAUCAGAUUUUAGUACACCAUCUGAAGAACUUCAAAAACCAACUGUAAUGUCAGCUACAACUUUUGAUGUGGCUGGAAUGUUCACAGACAAUGCUGAAAUUAUUACAGUCAGCCCCACCACCAUACCAUUUCAAGAAUCUACAAUUCCAGAAAAUAUUUUCAAAACCAAUACAUUAGAGUUUGCAACUCCACUGAUUGGUCAAGUAACAACUAAGACAAAAGAUUAUUCUAUUUUAUUUACAAACAAUCCUGACAUGUCCACAACAAAUCGAUUUACUGUACCAUAUGAAGAAUCUACCAAUUUUCCAGACAUUUCUAGAACUAUUUUACCAGACUAUACCACUCCCAUGCCUAAAACAUUACAUGAUUUCUCUAGUGUAUUUACUGACAGCUCUGAAGUUUCUACAGUUCAUCCUAGUGAGUUGUUAGAAGGAUCUACAGUCCCACAUGAGAUCUCUGGAACCAAUAUGCCAGAUUUUACAACUCCUGUAGAAGCUCAAAACACAUUAACAAUGCCAAGUACUAGUUUUGAUGCGUCAAGUAUAAAUACAUACAAUCCAGAAAUUUCAACAGUUAACACAAAUACCAUGGCAUUUGACAAAUCUACAAUUCCUCAAGAAGGUUUUAAAACUAGUAUACCAGACUUGACUUAUCUACCUGAUGUUCAAACAACUAAACAAGAAUCUACAGUUACAGACCAUUCUGAUUUUACAACAGUCAAUCUUACUACUAUACUUCAGUCACAUGAAGACACUAAUAUUCCAUUAGAAGUUGAAAAAACAACUGCAAUGCCAAGUACAAAUGUAGAUGUAACUGAUCUAUUUACUGGGAGUCCUGAUAUUAUAAACAGCCCAAGAACUAUAUCCCUACUGUUGGAAGAAUCGACCAUUCCUCAAGAAACAUCAAUAACCAAUAGGCCAGGUAUCACAACCCCACCAAGAGUACAGGAAACAACUGCAUUGCCCAGUAUGAUACAAGAGGAUUAUACAGACAUCCCAGAUAUUGCUUCAGUUAACCCAAGUGUUUUAUCUUUAGAAGAAUCUACAAUUCAACAAAAAAUGUCUAGAUCUAUAACCAAUGUGCCAGAUCUUACUACACCUUUUGUUGAUGAAAAGUCAACUGGUCUGCCAAGUACAACUAAUGAUGGAUCACAUGUGGUUACUGAAAUUCCUGAAAUUCUUACAGUUAAUACAAAUGCAAUAUAUUUUAAAGAAUCAACUAUUCCAAAUAAAAUUUCUGAAACAACGGAUGUUACUUCUUCAAUAGACUUUCAAAAAACAACAUUGCCAAGUUUAGGAGUAACUGAUACAGCUACAGAAAAUGGUGAAAUUACAACACUAAGCCCAACCACAGUAUCAUCAGGCAAACCAACUAUUUCUACAGAAUUUACACUUACAGACAUCCGAGAUAUUUCAACAGUUUAUCCCAGUACAUUAAAAUUUAAAGAAUCUACAGUCCCACAAGAAAUAUCUGAAAUAAGUACACCAGAUUUUACUACCCCAUCAUCAGAUAUUCUAAAAUCAACUUCAAUACCAAGUACAACUGAUGUUUUCACAGACAAUGUUGACAUUACCACAGUUAGUCCAAGUAUUCAGGAAAGUUUCAGAACUUUAGGUCCUGACUUUACCUUACCAUCAGAAGGUCAAGAAACAACAGCAAUGUCAAUUACUAAUUCAGAUUCUUCUAGUUUGGCUACACAAUACACAGAUAUUUCAACUGAUAAACCAUAUACAGUAAGCUUUGACAAGUCUACACUCCCUAAAGAAAGCUUCACAACUUUAGUGCCAGAAUAUACUACUCAUUCAAAAGUGGUUGCAACAGCUACAGUGCCAACUACAAUGCUGGAUGUUUCUAGAAUAUUUACAGACAAAUUUGAUGCUACAACAGCUAGCACAAGUGCUGUGCCAUUUGAAGAAUCUACCAUUAUCAGAACUCACAUACCAUACCAUAGCAGUCCAUCAGAAAUGGAAACAACAACUGUAAUAUCCAGUACAAUUCAAGAUACAUCGAGUAUAUUUACAGGCCAAACAGAAAUUCCAACAGAUAUUUUAAAUACAGGCCAACCAGAAAUUCCAACAGUUAUUUCAAAUACAGGCCAACCAGAAAUCUCAACAGUUAUUCCAAAUACAGGCCAACCUGAAAUUUCAACAGUUAUUCCAAAUACAGGCCAACCAGAAAUUUCAACAGUUAUUUCAAAUACAGGCCAACCAGAAAUCUCAACAGUUAUUUCAAAUACAGGCCAACAUGAAAUCUCAACAGUUAUUUCAAAUACAUUAGAAGGAUCUACAUUUCCACAAGAAAUUUACAAAACUAAAAAUCCAAGGCUUUCAACUCAAUUUGAACAAUUAAAAUCAACAUCUUUGGAUGAUUUCAAAGACAAUCCAGAUAUUUCAACUGUUAAUUUAAAUACAAUACCAUUUGAAAAAUCUACAAUUCAAUCUGACAUUUCUACCACUAGUUCACAAAAUAUCAUUACUCUGUCAGAUGAUCAAGAAACAACUGCUGUGAAAAGCCAAAAAAAUGUUGCCUCUAGUAAAUUUACAAAUUACCUAGAUAUUUCAACACUGAAUCCACAAGAAAUUUUCCAAACUAAUUUGCCAGAUUUUACCACUCAAAAUACAUUUACAGUGUCAAGUACAAAUGAUGAUGAGUCAAGUAUGAUUACAGAUAUCCCAUAUAUUUCAACUGUUAAUCCAAACACACUACCAAUUAAAGAAUUAACAGUUCUACCAGAAAGUUCUGUAACUACCUUGACUGACACUAGUACAUCAUCAGUAGAUGCACCAUCAAGGCAGAGUACAUAUCAUGCACAUUUCACUGAAUCAUCUAAUGACUAUUCUGAUAUUUCAACAGUUAAUCCUAAUACACCACCAUUUUCACAAACAAUGGCUGAAACUAGCGUACCAGAUAUUAAUACUCCAGCACCAUCUGAAGAAACCACUUUAAUGCCAAGUACUAGUUUUGAUGUAACACAAAGAUUUACAGACCAUUCCUAUAUUACAAAAGUUAACCCAUUUGGAGAAUCUUCCUAUCCUGAAGAAAUUUCUAGAACUAAUAUACCAGAUUCAACAUAUACAUUCACAAACACAAUACAUGACGUUUCUAAUAGAUUUACAGACUACCCUAAAUCUACAGCUAAUUCAAGGAAAUCAUCAUCAGAAGAAACCACUUUACACCAAGACAUUCCCAGCACUAGUAUCCCAGAUUUUACAACACCAAUAAAAGUAGAAGAAACCACUUUUCAACCAGAUAUUCCCAGCACUAACAUCCCAGAUUUUACAACUCCAAUAAAAGUAGAAGGAACCACUUUUCAACACAAUAUUCCCAGCACUAACAUCCCAGAUUUUACAACACCAAUAAAAGUAGAAGGAACCACUUUUCAACACAAUAUUCCCAUCACUAACAUCCCAGAUGUUACAACACCAAUAAAAGUAAAAGAAACCACUUUUCAACACAAUAUUCCCAGCACUAACAUCCCAGAUUUUACAACACCAAUAAAAGUAAAAGAAACCACUUUUCAACACAAUAUUCCCAGCACUAACAUCCCAGAUUUUACAACACCAAUAAAAGUAAAAGAAACCACUUUUCAACACAAUAUUCCCAGCACUAACAUCCCAGAUUUUACAACACCGAUAAAAGUAGAAGAAACCACUUUUCAACCAGAUAUUCCCAGCACUAACAUACCAGAUUUUGCUACUCAAAUAAAAGUAGAAGAAACCACUUUACACCAAGACAUUCCCAGCACUAGUAUCCCAGAUUUUGCUACUCCAAUAAAAGUAGAAGAAACCACUUUUCAACACAAUAUUCCCAGCACUAACAUCCCAGAUUUUGCUACUCCAAUAAAAGUAAAAGAAACCACUUUUCAACACAAUAUUCCCAGCACUAACAUCCCAGAUUUUACAACUCCAAUAAAAGUAGAAGAAACCACUUUUCAACAAGACAUUCCUAGAACUAAAAUCCCAAAUUUUGCUACACCCAUAGAAGAUCACGAAACAUCACCAGUGAUAAGUAUAACUUCUGAUGGAUCAAGUCUGAUUACAGGAAAACCUGAAGUGUCAACACCUAUUUUAAAUACAGUAAGAUUUGAGGAAUCUACAUUUCAAGAAAUUUCAAAAACUAAAAUUCCAGACAUUACUACUCCAUUAAAGCUUGAAGAAACAUCUGUAAUGCCAAGUACAAAUGUUGAUGCAAGUAGAAAAUUUACAGACACUGGAAAUAUGAAAACUCAAAUCCCAAGUGCUGUACCACUUGAAGAAUCUACUAUUGCUCUAGACAUUUCUAGCACUAGUAUACCAGACUUAACUAUUCCAUUGAAAACUCAAGAAACAUCUACAAUAUACAGUACAGCACAGGAUAGAACAAAUACAAUUGAUCUUUCUAAACAAGCAGAAAUUCAAGAAACAUCUACAAUGUACAGUAGAACACAGGAUAGAACUAACACAAUUGAUCUUCCUACACAAUCAGAAAUUCAAGAAACAUCUACAAUGUACAGUAGAACACAGGAUAGAACUAACACAAUUGAUCUUCCUACACAAUCAGAAAUUCAAGAAACAUCUACAAUGUACAGUAGAACACAGGAUAGAACUAACACAAUUGAUCAGUCUACACAAUCAGAAACUCAAGAAACAACUAUGCUACCAAGUACAAAUGUUUAUGCAAAAAUUCCUUUCACAUACAAUACCGAGAUUGAUGCAGCCAGUUCAAACACUCUACCUUUUGUAGAUUCUACUGUUUAUCCUCGAAGUUCAAGAUCCCCCAAUAUUCCUGAGCUCACUACUUCAUCAAAUGUUGAAGAAACAACCACAAAUCCUACUACAAUGCUGGAUGUUUCUAGAAUAUUCACUGACAAUACUGAUGCUACAACAGUUAGCACAAGUACUUCAUUUGAAGAAUCCACCAUUCCUCUAGAAACCCCUAGAACUAAGCUUUCAGUUUUUACUACACUGUCGGAUGAAUCAACAGCAACCUCAAGUACAAAAUUUGAUUCCACUUUACUUACUGAUAAUGCUGAUAUCACAACAACUAAUAUAAAUAAUGUACCAUUGGAACAAUCUACCAUUACACAAGAAAUUUUUAGCAAAGACUUAUCAGUCCAAAGUACUCCAUUUCAAGAACCAACUGGAAUGUCAGACAAAAUAACAGAUGCUUCUAGUAUGUUUACAAAUACCCCAGAUUCUAGUCGAGAGAAUUUUAAUACUUUUCAAUUUAAAGAAUCAACACGCCCACAAGAAACUUACAAGACCAUCAUUCCAGGUGUUACUUCACAUUCAACAUUCGGUGCUUCUGGUGUUUCUGAUGACACUACAGAUUUUUCAACAAUUAAUCCAAACACAAUUUUAUUUGAAAAGUCUACUAUUCCUCAAGAAGGUUCCACAACUCCAGGUUCUGCAAUUCUAUCAGGAGAUCAAGCAACAGCUACUCCAAUUACAACUUUUGAUGCUUCGAGUAUGACUACUUAUAAGUCUGAUAGCUUAAACAUUAAAGCAAAUACAGUGACACUUCCUGUGGAAAAUUUCAUAACUUAUAACAAUCUAUACAUUACUACUGCACCAAAGGUUCAAGAAACUGAUUCAAUGCACCAUACAUUACCGAGUGCAUCUAGUAGUGAAACAGGCAAUGCUGAUCUUUUAACAACUAUACCAAGCAGAUCAUUAACAUUCACAGAAUCAACAAUUCCUCUAGCGGAAAUGUUAGACAAAACUACUCCAUCAGAUGUUGAAGAAAUAACUCAAAUGCCCAUCACAAUACAGGAUGUUUCAACAACUAUUCCAGCCUCAACAGCAGCUAGAGAAACAUCUACCAUUCUGCAAGAGAUCUCUGGAAGCAAUACUCCAGACAUCUCUACUCCAGUAGAAUUACUAGAAUCAACUGUGAUGCCUACUACAGUGUUGGAUGUAUCUAGUACUGUAGCAGAUCAAGCUGGUGGUUCAAAAACUAGUCCUAGCAUUACCAUACAAGAACAAGACAAUACAACUAUACCAUGGGAACCUUCUUCCAGCAUCACCAUACAAGAACAAGGCAAUACAACUAUACCAUGGGAACAUUCAUCCACUGGAAUUCCAGAAAUUUCAACACCCUACUCUAGUACACCAGCAGAGUCUACUAACAAAGUUCUUGAAAAAUCAACCACACCAGUUUCUUUAUCAACUCAAAAUGUGUCUAUUUCCAACUCAACAACUCAAACCUCUACAUCACAACCAGAGUUUUUGUCUACUACCACCACAUCUUUUCUUACAGAGCAGUCUUCAACUACACCUCCAGCACCAACACAACCACAUUUAGUUGUACCACGGGUACCUGAGACUACAAUCACAUCUACUUCACACCCACCCAACUCAACUCUGACACUACCAUAUUCUACUACAAUCACAUCUACUUCACACCUACCUAACUCAACUCUGACACUACCAUAUUCUACUACAAUCACAUCUACUUCACACCUACCCAACUCAACUCUGACACUACCAUAUUCUACUCUUCAAUCCUCAACUCCCUUUAACAACAUCACUAUAGUGGGUUUCCUCUCAUUAACUACAUCUGUUCCAAACAUUAUUUACCCAAACACUACAAAAUCUAACUUAACUCUUUCCACCAUCUCAACACAUUCACCAGCUUUAGUCACUUUUUCUUUAAGUAAAAAUAAAACAAAUUUAAAACCAAACAAUAUUUCAGUGCCACCUUUAGAAAUUUUAAAUCCUUUAUAUAAUGAAACAAAUAAUCCAACCACAUUCAACAACACUUCACUGUACAUAAAUUUUCAGACAUUUCUAAAGAUUUUCCAGAAAUAUUUUGAUUUAAGAAAUAGUUCUGAUGUUGGAAUUUGCCUCAGUCCAUGGAGUGCUUGGACAUCAUGCCAUAAUCCCUGUACGGGAGUUAAAAUUCGCGUCCGCCAGUGCUCCAUGAAAGACAACUGUCAGUGUGACAAAGAAACACUGUGUCAAGCAGAUCUCUGUGAAUGCCUGAAAGUUAGCCCGUCAACUCCAUCAAAAAACACAAGUCUCAGCCCAAAGCCAACUUUUUCCAGCAUAGUAGCCAUUGGCACGCCCACACAGAUGACCAAUAUCAGUGAACAUUGUCAAUGUUCUUCACCUAAACUGUGCACACACUGUAGAGAGCAGUGUAAGAAAAGUUGUAGAGCAUUUCGCUAUGGGGCUGUCUGUCAUGAGGAGGAAUGUCUUCCAGGAUGUGAAUGCCCCAAAGGCCAGUUAAUGGAUGAUGAUGGCUUCUGUAGCCCACCAGAUAGCUGCCCCUGCUAUGACAGCACUGGAAAACAAAGACCAUUUAAUUCUUCUUUUACUGAUGAAAAAACUUGUCAAACUUGCAAGUGUGGGAAACAAGGAGUAGUUUGUAUAGAUCCAGCAAAAGAGAUGGAGAUCUUUUACACAAUGGGAGAUUGGACAGAAUGGUCAGAUUGUUCAGCUAAUUGUAAUAAAGGCACUAUGUCCAGAUACCGUGUGGGCAAGUAUCAGAGCUGCAGUACUACUUUCUCUGAGACUAAAGAAUGUGUCAGUACAGAAUGCAACUGUUUCACUGAAGAUGGAGUGAUCAUCAAAGAGGGGGAAAUGUAUCAACCAGAUGAUUGUCAGAUUUGUUCAUGUAGCAAUGGGACUUUGACCUGCUCCAUUAACCCAAAAAAAGUAGUUAAUGGGUCUUGGCUAGACUGGGGCCCAUGGAGUUCUUGUGCAGCAGACUGUAGCCUACACUACCAGAGCAGAUGUAUGAGGUGCCAACCACCAAAAUGUGGUGGUGAACCAUGUGAUGGUUCAGUGUGUCAAACCAGACCUUGUACUUCUAGUCCUUGCUGUGAUGUUUUCACAUGGAGUGAGUGGAGUGACUGUAGCCAAACCUGUGGUACCACCGCUGGUUAUCGUAUUCGGCAUCAAAUUUUUCCUGACGACUUCACCAAAAAUAAUUGUGAAAUACACAGUGAGGCUCAGGAAUGUGGACACUGUGCAUGUGUGAAUAGAUCCAUUGAGCAAUGGUCAGAAUGGACUUCAUGUUUGGCCAGUGGUACAACCUGUGGUUGGGGUAAAAGAUCUAGAACCAGAAAAUUGGGUGUGGCAUGUGAUGGGGUUCCUGGUACCCACACUGAGAACUGCUUUCUGGGACCAUGUGAAUGUCACGGAAACUUGGAAUGGUCUAAUCAUUCCUUGUGUCAAAGGACAUGUAAGUCUGAGCCCUCUCCAGAAUGUUUUCUUAAACUUUCUGGUGGCUGUGUUUGUCCAUCAUCACUGGUGUACAAUGGCACAGGUUGUGUUCCACUAAAUGACUGUAACCUCCAGUGUGAAUAUGGCAGCAAUAGUUACCAGGUUAGUUCAUACUAA